AUGUCCGGAAAUAACGCUCACUUAUCUUUGAAUGAGGCUACCGCCACUUCUAAUUCAGAUACUACUGUCCAGGUAUCCCGCUUGGCCGGACUGGCACCUACCUACUCAGAACGGCCGGAUUUGGCAUACACUAGCCAGUCUCGUCCAAUUUCAAUGCAGACAAGGGACUUGGAUCCAAAGUGCAGGCCAGGUAUGCCGGAGGAUCAUACAAGAGCUUUGUAUGGAUUACAAUAA